UCGGGCUGCGCGCGUCCGGGCUCCCGAGGCCGCCUGGCUGGGCGCCCGGUGCCUUUUGUCUGGCGUAGAGAGGGCGUUUGCAUCACAUUUCGGAUACCUCCCUCUCUUUUUUCGCUUCUCCUCCCUCCCGCUCACAUCUCCUCUCCACUCCCGCCACCGUCCCCCGCCGGGCUGCUACCCUCCUGCACCAAAGCCUGAGGACGUUUCUGCUCGAGCGAUGUCUCCUCACCAGAAAGUUGCCGCCGCCGCCGCCGCAGCCACCGCCGCCGCGGAGAGGUGAAACAAAGUCUGGCGGAGCCGCCUCCCGGUGCACAAGCGCACCCGCGCCGAGUGGCUGCACGCUGCUGCGGGCGUCCCGUCUUUCCCCCGGGAGCCCGAAACGCGCGGGGCCAUGGCCGAGGGCGCGGCCAGCAGGGAGGGUUCGGCGCCGCCCGACGCGGCCGGGGGCGAAGACGACCCCCGAGUGGGCCCAGAUGCUGCUGGGGACGGCGCGGCGGCCGCUGCUGGGGGAAGGAUGCGGGACCGUCGCAGCGGGGUCGCGCUGCCAGGAGCCCCUGGGGCCCCAGCGGACAGCGAGGCAGGCCUCCUGGAGGCUGCAAAGGCGACCCCCCGGCGCAGCAGCAUCAUCAAGGAUCCUUCAAACCAAAAAUGUGGUGGAAGAAAGAAAACCGUGUCUUUCAGCAGCAUGCCGUCAGAGAAGAAAAUCAGCAGCGCCAGCGAUUGCAUCAGCUUCAUGCAGGCUGGCUGCGAACUGAAGAAAGUGCGGCCCAACUCCCGCAUUUACAACCGCUUCUUCACGCUGGACACAGACCUCCAAGCGCUGCGCUGGGAGCCCUCCAAGAAGGACCUGGAGAAAGCGAAACUUGAUAUUUCUGCCAUUAAAGAAAUCAGGCUGGGGAAAAACACAGAAACGUUCAGGAACAAUGGCCUCGCCGACCAGAUCUGUGAGGAUUGUGCCUUUUCUAUACUCCAUGGGGAAAACUACGAGUCUCUGGACCUGGUGGCCAAUUCGGCAGACGUGGCAAAUAUCUGGGUGUCUGGGUUACGGUACCUGGUUUCUCGAAGUAAGCAGCCCCUCGAUUUUAUGGAGGAUAACCAGAACACACCCAGGUUCCUGUGGUUGAAAACGGUGUUCGAAGCAGCAGAUAUCGAUGGGAACGGGAUUAUGUUGGAAGACACCUCCGUAGAGUUAAUAAAGCAACUUAACCCUACCCUGAAGGAGUCCAAGAUUAGGUUAAAAUUUAAAGAAAUCCAGAAGAGCAAAGAAAAACUGACUACCCGAGUGACCGAAGAGGAAUUUUGCGAAGCUUUCUGUGAACUUUGCACCAGGCCGGAAGUGUAUUUCUUACUCGUGCAGAUAUCUAAAAACAAAGAGUAUUUGGAUGCCAAUGACCUCAUGCUCUUUUUAGAAGCUGAGCAAGGAGUCACCCAUAUCACUGAAGAUAUGUGCUUAGACAUCAUUAGGAGAUACGAACUUUCUGAAGAGGGACGUCAGAAAGGCUUUCUUGCAAUUGAUGGCUUUACCCAGUAUUUAUUGUCACCAGAAUGUGAUAUUUUUGAUCCUGAGCAAAAGAAGGUUGCACAGGAUAUGACCCAGCCAUUAUCUCACUACUACAUCAAUGCCUCUCAUAACACCUAUCUCAUCGAAGACCAGUACAGGGGACCAGCUGACAUCAAUGGGUAUGUUAGAGCCUUGAAAAUGGGCUGUCGAAGCAUCGAGCUAGAUGUAAGUGAUGGUUCAGACAACGAACCAAUCCUUUGUAAUAGAAAUAACAUGACGACGCAUCUUUCCUUUCGAAGCGUCAUAGAGGUGAUAAAUAAAUUUGCCUUCGUUGCUUCUGAAUACCCACUCAUUCUUUGCUUGGGGAAUCACUGCUCCCUACCACAGCAGAGGGUAAUGGCUCAGCAGAUGAAAAAGGUCUUUGGUGACAAACUCUAUACUGAAGCACCUUUGCCAUCAGAAUCCUACCUCCCAUCACCAGAAAAAUUAAAAAGAAUGAUCAUUGUGAAAGGAAAGAAAUUGCCCUCUGAUCCUGAUUUGUUAGAAGGAGAAGUAACAGAUGAAGAUGAGGAAGCCGAAAUGUCUCGCAGGAUGUCAGUAGAUUACAACGGUGAGCAGAAACAGAUCUGGCUGUGUAGGGAACUCUCUGAUUUGGUAUCUAUUUGUAAGUCUAUUCAGUACAGGGAUUUUGAACAGUCUAUGAAAAGCCAAAAUUAUUGGGAAAUUUGUUCCUUUAGUGAAACAGAGGCCAGCCGCAUUGCAAAUGAAUACCCAGAAGAUUUUGUAAAUUAUAAUAAGAAGUUCUUAUCAAGAAUCUAUCCAAGUGCUGUGAGGAUUGAUUCUAGUAACUUGAAUCCACAGGACUUUUGGAAUUGUGGCUGUCAGAUUGUGGCAAUGAAUUUUCAGACUCCAGGUCCAAUGAUGGACCUUCACACAGGCUGGUUUCUUCAGAACGGAGGAUGUGGUUAUGUCCUAAGGCCAUCUGUCAUGCGAGAUGAGGUUUCCUACUUCAGCGCAAACACAAAGGGCAUUGUCCCUGGGGUGUCUCCCCUAGUUCUCCAUAUCAAGAUCAUCAGUGGUCAGAAUUUCCCAAAGCCUAAGGGGGCUUGUGCCAAAGGGGACGUCAUAGAUCCCUAUGUUUGCAUAGAGAUACAUGGAAUUCCAGCAGACUGUUCAGAACAAAGAACUAAAACUGUACAACAAAACAGUGAUAAUCCCAUUUUUGAUGAGACUUUUGAGUUUCAAGUAAAUCUGCCCGAGCUGGCCAUGAUCCGUUUUGUUGUUCUGGAUGAUGACUACAUUGGGGAUGAGUUUAUAGGGCAGUACACGAUACCGUUUGAAUGUCUGCAGCCUGGAUAUCGGCACGUUCCCCUGCGCUCCUUCGUGGGUGACAUCAUGGAGCACGUAACCCUUUUUGUCCACAUAGCAAUAACUAAUCGAAGUGGAGGAGGAAAGGCACAGAAACGCAGCCUCUCAGUGAGAAUGGGGAAGAAAGUUCGGGAAUACACCAUGCUCAGGAACAUUGGUCUUAAAACCAUAGAUGACAUCUUUAAAAUAGCAGUUCAUCCCUUACGAGAAGCCAUAGACAUGAGAGAAAAUAUGCAGAAUGCCAUAGUGUCUAUUAAAGAACUGUGUGGACUUCCUCCAGUAGCCAAUCUGAAGCAGUGCCUGUUGACCCUGUCCUCUCGGCUCAUCACCAGUGACAAUACUCCCUCAGUCUCUCUUGUGAUGAAAGACAGCUUUCCUUACCUGGAGCCUGUGGGUGCAAUUCCAGAUGUGCAGAAGAAGAUGCUGGCUGCUUAUGAUCUGAUGAUUCAAGAGAGCCGGUUUCUCAUAGAAAUGGCAGACACAGUCCAUGAAAAAAUUGUACAGUGUCAGAAAGCAGGGAUGGAGUUCCAUGAAGAACUUCAUAAUUUGGGGACAAAAGAAGGCUUGAAAGGAAGAAAACUCAACAAGGCUACUGAGAGCUUUGCUUGGAACAUUACAGUAUUGAAGGGCCAAGGAGAUCUGUUGAAGAAUGCCAAGCAUGAAGCUAUAGAAAACAUGAAGCAGAUCCAGCUGGCGUGCUUGUCUUGUGGACUGAGCAAAGCCCCCAGCAGUGGUGCUGAGGCCAAGAGCAAGCGCAGCCUGGAAGCCAUAGAGGAGAAGGAGGGUGGUGAGGAGAACGGGAAGCUGUGACCCACCCAGCAUUGCCAGGGGCGCCCUUCCUACUUGUCAAGGACUCCGGUUUCUUGCUGUUUUCUUUAAAUUUUUUAGAAGUUCACACACAAAAAAGCCCUCUAUGGGGUUUUGGACUUAGAUAUUUUCACAAUGUCAGUAUUUUAGUGUAGUUAAUUUAUCUAAGUUAAAGCCUUUAGUAGCAGUGUUUUAAAUUCUGAGACAUGUGUCAACACCUAUGUGUGGAUGUGUGCAGAAGUGUGUGUGUCUGGAUGAGACAGAGUGAGUGAGAGAAAUUCUGUUAAAAUCUAUUCUGUGUUGUAUUAUUCAUUUAGUAAGUUAUUCCUUUAUCUUUAUCAUUUUGGGACAAAUGUGUUAAUCUGAAAUUCUAAAAGCACUUAGUGUAACCUGUUGCUGUGUUCAAUUUUACUUCUCUGCCUUUGUCAUUUUCAUUUAGAGAUCUCAGCAUAGCUUAUUAUUGAAGGAAGCCAAAUUUAUCAAAGCAUUGAUGUUUUGAUAGAUUGACUAUAGAUUAGAAAAAUUCCUAAGAAUCACAGUAGAAAUAAAAGUUAAAAAAAAAAAACAUUAAAGAGAUGAGCAGAAUUUCUGGAAAGAUCAGAAAAGUCAUUUUUUUCAGUUAAUAAACUCUUUAAAAUAUUUAUUAAAUAAAAUCACUUUUAGGAAGUUUCCUGUAGUCAUUUACUAAGAACACAAUUUUAAUGGAAAGCUGAUCAUAAGGGAAUUUAUAUCUACAUAUGUAGUACUCUGAACCACCCUGAAAACUCUGCGGUUACUACAAUUUUGAUGUGAUACUGGCAUCAAUUUCAAGAUUUAUAGGAAGUUUCCAUUUUUGCAAUCUAGGAGUCUAGCAUUUAUUUUUUGUAACAGAUAUGGGCAACUAAAAGGUCUUAGAUUUGAUUGGGAAACUAAAUUUAAAUGUAAAGAUAUCAUUCAAACUAUCAUAUCAUCAUAUUGAGUUGAUAUAAAUUCUGUGGGUCAGAUAACAUCUUUGUGAUGAUUUAAGAAUUAACUGAUUAUAAAGAUCUAUGAUAUAAUUUUAACACAUACAGAAAAACAUACACACGAAAAGAAGCAAAUGACUAAUUAGGGCACAUUCAUAAUUGCAUCUAGAUUAUUUUUACCCUAGUGUCUUCAUAAAGUACUUGAGUGUGUUGUUUGUUAACUCUAACAGAACUAAAUGUUCUAUGGUUAGGAAAGAAUCUAUUUAUUUAUAAAAUAAAACUGCUUUUAUUUUGAAAAGCUUCUUAAUUAAUUUGAUUAACAAAUAUGCUAAUUUGGGGAAUCUAGAGAAGAUAAUUAUUGAAAUUUUGCAAAUACAAAACAACUUCUAUAGCUUCUGUGUUAUUUCUGACUUCUUAACACUAUUAUGUUCUUGUUGCACAUUACUGAAAGAGUAAAGAUAUGAAAAAGCGCUUUUAUUGUUCUCUUUUGUUGUGAGUUAAUUGAAAAAAGGAAAGAUAACAAAAAUGGGCUAUUAUACCAAAAAUAUCUUAGAGAGCAUGCUAUGUCUAUGGACCAGAAAUGAUGAAAUUACUCCUUGGAUUUAAAACUGGGCACUUGUGGAGAAGGCACAUGAAGUCAUGUGAAGGCAAGUUUCCAGUGGAAUUACAAUGGCCAAAAAAAUUCUCUAUCCUCCCUUAUACUUAACCUGCUGGUAGAAAGAAUUGUGGAAUGCAGAUGCCUGAGACCUUUCUGAUAACAAAGAGGUGGAACAGACAGAAACAAAGGCUGCCUUACAUCAGCCAAUUGAUUGAUUUUACUUGUGGACCACUUCACCUCCUUGAAUUCCACUUGGGUAAAUCCAUGCCUUUCCUGGUGAUAGGAGUGGAAAGAUAAAGGGUGGUAAGCUCUCAAAGAGUAUUUAUACAUUUGUUUACUUCAGGAUCAAAUUCAAUCUUUGGAUAUAGCCUUCCUUGUUUAUUCUAUGUGUCCUAGAGCUCCACUCACACUUAUGAUCUACCCAGAUAUUCUCAACAACAUGCAACAGCUCCACUUCAUCGGAUGCUACUUCUGGCAAUGGAUGCCAGUCAUUCUCUGCUCCAAUCCUGUGGGCGUUGCUGCUAAAUGGUGAGGGAGAUGUCAGCAGGGGGAGCUUUGGAUUCUGAGAGUGAAAGAGGUGCAAGGGUAAAGGUCCCUAUGAUGCUCUUGCCUCCAGAUAGAAUACCAAAAACAAACAAGCAAAAUCUUUUGUUUAUUACAGUUCCACUCACUGUUACAUUCUGCCAGUGUCUAUCUCCUUUCCAGAUUUUAACUGCAGUAGAAAAAGCCCUUUUCAUUAACUUAGCUUUUGGUGAUACUACAAAGUUAGCAUUGGACAUAUUAAUUCUAUUUUAAUUAAUUCAUUUUUAUACCACCAAGGAGAUUUGAGGUGGAGAUGGUAGGUGUUAUCACUGACAUUUUGCAGGUCAGAAAGCCCACCUAUAGUAAGUGGAAGAAUUGAUUUUUGAACUCAGGUCUUUCUGAUUUUAUGUGCAAAAGAAUUUAAAUAGUGAUUUUGAUUUUAAAGUUAUUCUCAAAAUUCUAAACCAGAAUUUUAACUCUUUCCUUAAUAACCAAAGUUACAAAAAGCUGUUAUCACUUUUUUUAUGAAAACAAAACAUUGAUGAUCAAAUGAAAAUCUGAUACAUUGAUGAUACAAAUGAAAAUAAAAAUCACCCAGUAUUAACAUUUUAAUUUAUAUCUCUUCCAAUACAGUUUAGAGAUUAUAUAUGUAAAUGUGCUUUCAUUUUUUAACAAUAGAGAGAUCAUAUUACAUAAACUUUAACAGAAUUUUUAAGACUUUAAAAAUGUAUCACGGAUAUCUUUCUAUGUCAGUAAAUUUAUAUGUACAUAAGAGCUCCUAGCCUUUGAACUGAA